AGAAGUUGUGCAAUCUGGCAACGCCGCACGCAAAUGCCAUUCACAAUCAGCUGCCGCUACAAAAAAUCUUUUUUUAUUGUACCAUCAAACACGGUUUAAAUUAGUGAAAUUUUUAGCGAAAUCAAAACAAAAGAAUCGCUGCAAAAUGACGCUGCUGCGCAAUACGCUGCUCUGCACGCUGAUUGUGCUAGGCGGCUGUUUGUUCCUUGUCGCAGCGCAGGGUAAACUGAAGACGGGCCUGUCGCUGGCGGAGAAAGUGGAGAACCUUGUGGAGAUGAACAUGAAGAAGCCGCUAUUGCGUUUCAAUGGUGCCAAAUUUCGUGAAUAUGUGAAAAAUGCGCCGCGCAAUUACUCAAUGAUUGUGAUGCUGACGGCUCUGGCGCCGUCCCGUCAAUGCCAGAUUUGUCGGCAUGCCCACGAUGAGUUCACCAUUGUGGCGAACUCCUAUCGCUUUCUACCGAUCUACUCCAACAAGCUGUUCUUUGCCAGCGUCGAUUUUGAUGAGGGUUCCGAUGUCUUUCAAUUGUUGCGCUUGAAUACGGCACCGGUUUUCAUGCAUUUCCCCGCCAAGGGUAAGCCAAAGGGUGCGGAUACUAUGGAUAUACAUCGUGUGGGCUUCUCCGCCGAUUCGAUUGCGAAAUUUGUUGCCGAACGCACGGACAUAACCAUACGGGUGUUUAGGCCACCAAAUUAUUCGGGCACUGUUGCCAUGAUCACGUUGGCCGCAUUGGUUGGCAGCUUUUUGUAUAUACGCCGCAAUAAUUUGGAAUUCUUGUACAAUAAGAAUUUGUGGGGUGCUGCGGCGGUAUUCUUCUGUUUCGCCAUGAUCUCCGGACAGAUGUGGAAUCAUAUACGUGGUCCGCCGCUGGUGCAUAAGACGCAAAACGGUGGCGUCGCCUAUAUUCAUGGCUCCUCGCAGGGUCAACUUGUCGUGGAGACGUACAUUGUCAUGUUCUUGAAUGCGAUGAUUGUGCUGGGCAUGAUUCUGCUCAUCGAGUCGGGCACACAGAAGCCGAAUAAUCGUAAUCGGAUUAUAGCCAUUGCGGGCUUGGUUUUGUUAACCGUAUUCUUCUCGUUUCUGCUAUCCGUAUUCCGUUCGAAGGCGCAGGGUUAUCCUUAUAGUUUCUUGUUCAAGUAGAAUCCGAUUGAGUCGCCCAACAACCAACAUCAUCAACAAAGUUCAAGUGGAAUGUUAUUAACGUUUUAUAUAUAGUUCAAAUUGACAACAAAAUAAAAAAAAAUACAAACGAUGUGAAAAAACCAAACAGCAGAAAGCAAUGUGUGUUUACGUGUGUGUAAAACGGAUUGAAUUGAAUAAAUGCCACUACUAAAUUAA